AGCCUUCAAACUGACAUUUCGCGAGUUGUACCGGUUGCAAAAGAAACAGGCCGAGUUGAUGUGCUGAGCACCGAGCAACCACCAAUUGCUACAUUCGAUGAAUGGACAAAGGAGAAGCUUAAAAGGGAAGAGAUACGUCGCACGAAUUCCAUUCCCAAAGCAGCACAUGAUGUGACCAGUCUUCCAUCACCGGACAUUAUUCCUCAGCAAGCCACGCCAAGAAACUAUGCUUCCAGGGAUUGUGGCGCCAAAGUACUUUUCAGCAACGAAGAGGCUGAGAAUAAGGUUAAUAAUUUGAGUUGA